AUGAAGUCCAGCCUGCCCGCCUGCAGUUCAGGAGCCGGCUCGGAGCUGGCGGACUUACCCAAGCCCGGGACUGACCGGGUACAGAGCUGUGUCCGCCGGCGAAUGGCGGCCAACGCCCGGGAGAGGAGACGCAUGCAGGGUUUGAACAACGCUUUCGACCGGCUCCGGAAAGUGGUGCCCCAGUGGGGCCAGGACAAGAAACUCUCCAAGUACGAGACCUUACAGAUGGCCCUGAGCUACAUCGUGGCGCUGACCCGCAUCCUGAGUGAGGACAGGCGCUGGUUCCACCUCCAGUGUGAACAUUCCCGGGGCGGAGAAUAUCCAGACUUACCUGGGCCAGGCAGCCGACCAGAAGGACUGUUACACAGGCAGGGUCUUCCCUUUCAACCACCAGGGUUUCCGUGUCAUCAAUUAAACCCACACUGCCUCAGGGAGCGAACCGUCACUGCAACACUUGCGUUUCCAAACAGACGCCAAUCCCACUGCACCCACAGGAAUUUAUCCCGCAGCCUGACCGGUCAUUUUUAG